CGCCAGAGAUUCUGUUAUUUUUCCUCCAUAAAAUUUCAUCUCAAUCUGCUUCUUCUUGUUUAUAUUGUUGUUUGGUUAGAUCUCUUCAAUUUGCUAGGGUUUUUUCUCUUCUCUCUCUCUGAUGGCUUCGAAACGGAUAUUGAAGGAGCUUAAGGAUCUUCAGAAAGAUCCUCCUACCUCUUGCAGUGCCGGCCCCGUUGGAGAGGACAUGUUUCACUGGCAAGCUACAAUAAUGGGCCCUCCAGAUAGCCCCUACACCGGGGGUGUAUUUUUAGUCACUAUCCAUUUUCCUCCUGAUUAUCCAUUUAAACCUCCUAAGGUUGCUUUUAGGACAAAAGUUUUCCAUCCAAAUAUUAAUAGCAAUGGAAGUAUAUGCUUGGACAUAUUGAAGGAGCAAUGGAGCCCUGCCUUGACUAUUUCUAAGGUUUUGCUUUCAAUCUGCUCACUUUUGACGGAUCCAAACCCUGACGACCCCUUGGUGCCUGAGAUUGCUCAUAUGUACAAGGUUGACAGGGCAAAAUACGAAACAACUGCCCGGAGUUGGACUCAGAAGUAUGCCAUGGGUUAAAACAUUACCUAUGGCACUUGAGUUUAUGUAAAAAGAAAGAAUGCAUCUGUCCUCUACUUUCCAUCAAGAAAAGUGUAGAAUAGCAUUGAGCAAUGCCUGUGGAGGAAUGCUGAUGCUUUGAAUUUGUUUAUAUAGAUACUAUUAUUUGAAGUAAUCUUGGAAGUGUUUAUUUAUUUGGUUUAGGAUUGUAACAUUUGGUUUCAACCAUCUAUUUCGUGUUAAACUUUUCACUAAAUGUCUCUGUAACCUAAGUUCUGCCAGUAUAUUGGUUGAUCGGGAGUAAUUUAUCUUCGAGAAAUGUUGAGCGCC